AUGCUUGACGAUUUUGAUAUUGAGAUCAAGAAGAGAAGACUAAGCUAUCUUUCAAUGCAGUUUACCCCUUGAGGCUUGCAACCAAAUCAUCAAGCUAGAGAUACAGAAACUGCUGGAUUACAAAGAGAGUUUUCUUUGUCUUCUGUGAGCUCAUAUGAGCAAUGAAGAUUGAGAAAACUAAACCUAAAAAAGGAGUGUCGGAACUGCCUCCCGUGGCAAAAGAGCUGACGGAAAAGUUACAGACAUGUUCCGAUGAAGAUCUCGUUCGCACUCUACAGAGCGUGUCAGUCUGGAGAUAUGGAAAGUGUGAGUUGUACCACUGGGUGGAUGCACUGGACCGUUUCGACGAGAUUCUCGAGCAAGCCGCCAGCAGAGAAGCAGCUGGUGACACCAAUAUCAACUGUGUAUGCAUGUGCCCCAAACUCAAAGACCCUGAGUUCAAGGAGAAAGUUGUGGCUGUCCUAAACUUCACCUCCCUCCUUAUUGAGCACUCCUAUGCCAGACACAUCUACAACUCGACAGAGCACCUCUUUGCUCUGCUGGGAUGUCCUGAUCUGGAGAUAGUGCUGGCUGCGCUUAAUCUGUUCUAUGUGUUUAGCAAGAGGUCUAACUUCAUCUCCCGUCUCUCGGCAAAGAAACGCUCCAGUCUCAACUCUCACCUGGAGUAUCUGGGGGAGACUUGGGGUGGCAAGCAGAGUGGGUUUGGAUUGGCUGAAUGUUGCACCAAUGCUGAUAUCAAAACUUUCCCUGCUUCGUGUACAAGUGUGUUCUUCAAAUACCAGCCAGAGACUGAGAAACAAGAGGGCCAGUCCCUUAAGCCCAGUACAUCCAUUUUCCUGGAGAACCUUCACGAGGGCUCAGAGACCAUCCCAGAGGUCAUGAGGACGGUGACCUCCAGUCACAAGAUACCCCUCCAGGCACAGAUGCAGCUGCUCUCUCGUGUACGGCUCGCCAAGAACUUCCCCAACUUUGAGCAACGUCUCAAGUGCAUUCUGGCUAGACUUCAGGCACUGUCUAUACUAGUGUAUUCAAACGGCCCUGCUGAGAUUGUGGAUCCUCUCAUAUACGAGGGAUUUGUGGAGGAGCUCGUUGAAGUAUUGGAAACCAAAGAGAAAGGUCUUAUGGAAAUCAAAGCUUCAGUAUUGAGGACCCUCACUGCCAUCAUACACCUUGAGAGAGAUCCAAAACUUAUGGCUAUCGUCGAGUCCACGGGAGCAGCUGCCUAUCACGGGUUCCUUCCCAGUCUGGUUCGUGACUGUGUGGCCUCGUUCACGUCUUCUGUCCCCUCGGAAGAUCAGUUCCCCCUCACCUUCAACACCGCCCUCUUCUCCUUCCUCUACCACCUGGCCACCUACGAGACCAGUGGUGAUGCCCUGGUAACCAGUGGUAUCAUGGAGAGUCUGCUACAAGUGCUGGAGUGGAAGGCAUUUGAGCCAAUGAACAUUACAUCUUUGACCGUCUCUCUGCUGCAGCUGGUGACUCGUGCCGUGCGUGUUAUUGACCUGGUGACGGGUCUCGACAUGUCUGCCUUCCACAGUCUGGGAGGGUGGGACAAGAUGCUUAGUCGCCUCGAGAUUGAGGUGGAUAAGUGCCGUGGGGACGCCCCUAUCAUUUUACCAUCUGAAUUAGUACCUGUCAAUAGGCGUGAUGCAGACUCUCUCCCAGCUCCAUCAUCAUCAGCUGAUGACUCUGCUGUCAUGGAAACUGAUACAUCCAUGGAAGUGGGCGAGGCAGAGGGUUUGGCCGAGGUAUCCUGCAUGCCAGAGAGAGCAGCACUCAUCAAAUCAAUACUCAACUUCUUGAAGAAAGCAGUUCCCGAGGCAACGUUUGCUGAGAAUAUAAGAAACUUUGUUGACUCUUCUCUGCCAAAAUCACUAAAGCACAUUGUAAGCAAUGCAGAGUACUACGGCUCCUCAAUCUACUUACCAGCAACUGAGCUGACAACUGUGUUCAUCUUCCAAGAGCCAUCACAGCUGUCCUCUCUCCAAGACAACGGCCUACCUGGAGUGGUGCUCAACUCUGUCAUCACGAAACGUAUACCAGCUACUCGAGAAGUUCUAUCCUCUCUACCCAACAUCCUCAGUGCCAUGUGCCUCAAUGCACGAGGUCUGCAAAGCUUCAUCGCAGCUGAGCCUUUCGAUCACCUCUUCAGUGUGCUUAUAUCACCUGAAUAUUUGCCAGCAAUGCGCAAAAAGAAAGGGGCUGAGUUAGGUGAUACUGCAUCCAUUCUGGGCGUGGCUAUGGACGAGCUCAUGAGACAUCAACCAGCCCUCAGGGUCAACGUCAUUGCUGCUCUCGUUAGGUUGUUGAAGAUCCUGCUCUCUAUGGGUAGUGUGUCAGAGAAAAACAAGCCCUCGAUGGCAGGGGGUGGUCGGAAGAUGUCCACCGUGGACCCACUGAAUGAUGAUCACAUGAGCGCUGACUCGGACGUGGACGAUGACGAUGAGGAGAGUGAGGGUGGUGAGGAUGGUGGAGAGGGGGCGGAUAGGGACUCCCCCUCAGAUGAGGCGGGACCUGACAAGAGAGGUCAACUACUCACUGAAUAUGUCAUCAACGUGAUUCGUUUCCUUGACGCUAUCCUUACAAAUAACUCCACCAAGGAUCAUGUGAUAGAGUUCAGCAAGCAGGGUGGUCUCAAGCCACUCAUCCAGCUGCUCGCUCUGCCCACCCUCCCUGUUGACUUCCCCUCAUCCCACGGCUUCAAUGCUCUCUGUAGCACCUGCAGAGGAAUACUAAACCUUGCCAGCCCAUCGGACCUGUUAGCCGAGUGUCUUGGGCAACUCUCCUCAGUGCUCAAAGACCUCAGUGUGUUUCUAGACUCCCCCAAUUCUUCCAAGUCUAUUCUGCUGGAGGAGGUGGGGCCCCUCUCCAAUGUGCCUGAGGCCAUCAAGACCCCCCAGGGCAGUCCACUCCUUCACAAGCUCGCCAUUGCCAACUCUUUCAUGCAGCUGUUUGUCUACUUCUUCAAGGCCUGCUGCACCUCUUAUACUAAUCUUGAGACGAGAGAAGCUUGCCUGAAGCAGUUUGCCUCUGUCUUGGGAAAGGAGGUACUGGGGCAGCUAUCACAACUGUACCGUGCCCUCGUGUGGGAGGUAUUCAUCUUGUUAGCAGUGGCAGCAGACGAAGAAAAGAAGAAACGAGAGAAAAAAUCGGAUGUAGAAAAUAUGGACACCUCUUCCUCGACAAAAGACGCCGACUCCUCUGCCAGUACUUUAUUAUCAGAGGAGGUGAUCUCCAAACUCUCUCCAGCGGGUGGAAACAUGUCAUGUGACCAGCCGCAGCUGCUGGUAGACUCGCUCAAACAUAUCACACCUCUACUGACCAUCACAUCAAAAGUUGGCCGUUCGCUAGCAGAGUUCAUGAACCUACUUAUACGAAUAUCCAUCACCCCUCUGGUUCGCAAUCCCCAUCGCAGCCGAUUCAGGGACGAUCCCUACGUAGCUCCGUCUGAGGAUGCAUUGCAGAUCUGUGACAAAGUGACGUUACUGCUUGUGGAGAGCUUGCAGUGGGAGGUACCCUCGCCGAGCAAAUGUGAGCAAGCUAUGAGGUCACCCAUCAAGGACUGGCUCUUUAAUGGGAUGACUUUCAAGAUGUAUGCAGCUGACUUCUGUGAGCUACUACUGUUCGAUGAACACAAGCAGGUGUAUCACAUGAUCUUGUUUUCCUUUGACAAAAAGUCUGGCCUGGAGGCAUUCAUUAACACAUUCCACGUUGCCCUGAAGGUCAUCAACGAGGAAGAGGAGGGGACCAGUCUGUAUGGUAGCAGCGUAGACUUUCUGGAGGCGUGGCUAAAUCUAGCCGAGAAGUUCCUCAACACCUCGGCCGUGAUCAGCUCCAAUCACUACAUGGCAGUCCCCCCUCACGAACAGACAGACAACAAGAGGCUCGUCUACAACCCCAUGUUCAAUCCACUGGACUUCUUUGUUAGAACACAAAAGGCCAUUCUACCGUGCUUGAAGGCACUGUGGGACUCCCCCCGCCUCUCAAAACUUACCCUCAAAGUUAUAGAGCUCCUACUAGCCAGCAUUCGCCAUUUCUACCGCUCAGAGGAGCCAAUGGAGAAGAAACUAGACGAGUAUAUUGCAGCUGAUAAGAGAGAGGACCCUCUGUCGCAGCUGGCCCGAGUCAGAGCCGAAAUGGAGGCCGAAGAUCGAGCUAAGAAAGAGAAGGAAGAAAAGGAGAAACAAGAAGCUGCCCGGCGUGAAAGGGAGGCUAACGAACCCCCAGCACCGCCCAAGGUGGACCCCCACCAUCUCCAACAGCUGUGCGAUAUGGGUUUCGCUAGGGCACAUGCGGAGGAAGCCCUGGAGGCGUGUGGGAAUGAGCUCAACGCAGCAAUGGAGUGGAUAUUCUCUCAUCCUGCAACUGAAAGUCGAGAUUCCAACAUGGCUGGUUUGAGCGAGGAAGAAGCCAUAUCACGAGCUAUAGCUCUCUCCCUUGCUAACGAAGAAACAGAAACGGAGGAGCAGAAGGCCGAGCGUGAGCAAGAGGAGGCAAGGAAAAAGGAAGAGGACGAAGAGCGAGAGCGACAAGAAGCCGAAGAGAAAGAGAAGGAAUACAACGCUCUGAGAGCCAUGGAUAAGUCAAUAUUGGAGGACUUUAGUAAUGUUCUGUUGCCCAGUUCGAUUGAGCUUGGAUCGGUGGUGCCCGAGUGUGUGUCACGAGUGUGCGACCUCAUUGUGAGCAUGGCGAAGAGGAACGGAGACGGGUGGUGGUGUCAGGGACUGGAGAGGGUCAAGAACACGAUACUGCAAUCAGUGGAGAAGAUGUCUCAAGAUGUAAUGUCUAAACAGUAUGUCAAACCCAAGAAACUGAUAAUGGAGCCUCUGGCUUGUCAGCUGCAGCUGCUCUCAAUGAUCAUGGAGGAGAUGCCAGUCCCCUGUGCUAGGGUGGUGUGUGAACCCAAGUUCCUAGCUGCCGCUAUACAGCUGUUGGAUGUGAGCCAAGGCAACAUUAACACUCUGUGUGCACCAGACGCCAACAUGGAGUCUGACAAGCUACAUGUUCCAGCUACUCCAAAAUGGCUGCAAGCUCUCCUCACUUUCAUUGAUAUCUGGGGAAAGACAAUGAAGAUUGCAAAAUGGUGGAGACCAGAAAGAGAUGACUGCAUAGUUGUGUGGCAGUGGUUUGAGAACAGCAGGUGGUGCUCCUACUCACAUGACCUGGGGCAAUGUCUGGAAAAGUCCUAUUUGAAUGGGGAUUAUUGCUACAGUGUUCGUUCUGGCAGAUCACGUUAUGAAAGUUUUCGGAACGUAGUCAUGUUUGAUCCUAUGUUACAGGUCAAUACAGAAACAGGUGCUAUUAGAGCCGUCAUCCGUCUUGAAGUAGCCAGGAACAGUAGAAGAUACAAAAAGAAAGAAGAGCUUGAUAAAGAGGAACCAGUAAUACCGUAUGUACUCAAAAUUCACGAAGAUGGCAGUGCAGCUCCUUGUAAAAUCACUGAAGAAAAUUCACAUAAAUGCCUCAAGUACUGUGUCCGCCUGCUGUCAGCCCCAAUCGAUCCUGACACCCUCAAUGCCACCCUGAGGCUAUGCCUACGAUUCACUCGUGAAGCUACUGGAAGCACCCUGUUCAUAGAAGCCGGAGGGCCCCAGGCCAUUCUCUCGUUAAAAACAAAGUCUGGUUUCAAAGGUUUCUCUCCGCUGGCGGUAAACAUUUUCCGGCACUGUAUUGAAGAUCAGGACACUAUGAAAAGAACUAUGCAAUACAUUGUGAAGUCAUGCCUCACCACUCCUUCGAGCAUUGUCAAGGAGGUCAGACCCACUGGAAACGGGAUGAAAGACUACCACUACGUUUUGAGGCGACUGGCACCCAUAGCCAGUCGCAAUGAAGACAUGUUGACAAGUAUCUGUACGUCCACCCUACGAGUCAAAUCUAAAGUUCCUCGUUCUGAAUCGUACUUCGUCUCUCAGAGGCCCACCCCCACAUACCUAGAUUAUAUUGGUCCCAACAAAAUCCCUGAAGCACCUUUGACCCCUAGCCAAUCAUCCAUUAUCAACUUGCUCAUUGACCAUCUUUGCUCCGAUCCUUUUGUUGGCGACACACAGUCGUGCACAGAAACAGACGAGGGCAGGGUCGAAGAUGUCGCCGUACCGAGAAUGUUCAGAGGAACUCGAAGAAAUAGAGACACUUCAUUUAGACGGAAUCAGCCUGGAAGAUUUGACGAUGAUGAUGAUGAUUUGACAAUAGACGGAGAGGAUCACCCCUCACGACAGACCAGUAGUUCCGGUAAUCCCACAAAUUCCUCAAGUCCAAUCGAGGAUCCCGGCAUUGGUUUGAGCUCUGGAAAGAAAGAAUCGGAAGGGGAACAGCUCACCGAGCGGCCAUUACUGUCCAAGGCAGCCACUCUCAAAUUAUUAGCGGAAACACUCGAUUCGUAUCCUCAAUGUGGUCCCAUGAUAGUUUCAAGUUCUCGAGCUAUCUCAAUUAAUGGACAGCCUCCGAAAGAAAUGACAAUCUUAGCAUUCAUCUUCGAUUUUCUCAUACCCAGCUCAUCAAAUUCAAACAGCAGAAUACAAAAUCUCGCAAAACUUGCCAAAUCUUUCGUUCACUGUAUAGCCACUGCUAACUACAAGCCUGAAGUAAUCAACAUCCUCGUUGUAGAGUUCAAAGCAGCAUUGAGUAGGGCACUCUGUCUCCCUGAAUCUCUGACCAAGCACAAUAGAAUUCGGUCAUUAACGGGUCUCCUAGGAUUGGUCACUGAUUACAACGUACUGGUGACUCGUGGCCCCGUGAAUCCAGGCCAAUUUGCACGUCUUCUCAUUCGAAAAGGAAUCAUAUCUGACAUGACUCGAGCGCUAUACCACCUAGAUCUCACAAGUUCUCUUCUCCCACUCACUCUGAAUGGAAUCCUCAAACCUUUGGAGGCACUCACACGAGUCGUGAAUCAAGUAGCCACCACCUCACGGCAAACCACAAACAUUGUCAAACCAAACACAUCAAUUCCAGAAGCAUCGAGUGAACCGGUGAACAGAGCAUCGACUACGAACGCAAGCCAGCUGCCUCGAAGUGGGGAAGUGGCUACUUCCUCACCAGCUGUCGUAGCCGGAGCCACAAGUACUGCUGCUGCUAUCAGUCAACCGUCAAGCCAAGACUUAUCUGAAGAAGCACAUCUUGAUGCAACUCACGAGAGUUUGGUGCCUUUGGAGGACGAAGAGGAGGGGGAGGAGCCUGAUAUUGCCAUGGAGACAGAUCGGGACCCCAUCCUGAACACUGUUGCCAGUCUGGCUCAUGGCAUUGGGCGUGUUCACAGACAGCAAAGAGAAUCUGCUGAGGUUGACGGAGAUGAUGGCCUCUCUGACGGAGGGGAACACUCGGCAGACAUGAUGGUGGAGGAAGGAGGGAUCAGUGACGAGGUCACGGACUCUGACCUUGAGGACGAUGAUGAUGAUGAGGUGGAUGUGUUGGAAGAUGGAUGCAACUCGGCAGGGGAAGAGGUUGAAGAUGAUGAGUUUGAUGAGAGCCAGCUUGACUCCUCCCAUCUUGAAGUGGACUCUGACCUCAGCGACACGGACAGUUCCCAUAGUGAUGACGAGGACACGGAGGUGGAAGAUGCGGAAGGUAGUGACGAGGGACAGAGCCUUGAGGACUCAGAGGUUCAUGGGGACAACACUGGUGCUGACGACUCGUUCAACCCCUCCCAGUCCCAGGGGGAGGGUGACAUCUCGUACAUGGAGGAAGAGGAAGAGGAAGAUGACUCUGAUCUCGAGGGAGAGGACGUGCUCCAAUUGGAUUAUGACUUUGAGGAUGAUAUCAACGAGGAAAUGGAUUACUUCAUCGACAUGCCCUGGGGAGUUCAAGACGGAGAGAUACAGGUCACGGAUGGCCGAUCGGCAGGUGGUACCUCGUACACACGCUCCCUCCACACACGUCCCGGACAGCACAACUCAACAGACCUUGACUCGUCGGUGACAUCAUUCACCGGACAAACCAUCCCUCUUCGACACCCGCUAUUGACACGGACGAGCGAUCACUCGUCACAGCUGGCCCAGAGGGUGCGGUUAGGAUCGGCCGUCUCCUUUGAGACCCCUAUGCCCAUCGGGGGAGUAGGCUCACAGUCGUCAGAGCAACCAGAGUCGGCUAUGCAUCAGCUGUUGGCUCACAUCAGCGUGGCUGCCGGUAGCAACGAUGGACUCGUGUAUGGAGUGGGUAGCUCUGGAGCUCAGAGAAUGAGACAAUCGCCGAGCUCCCGGGAACAGUCUGUUCAAGAAGAGUUGGAAUCGCCUGUUAUCCAGAACGCUCUCGGACGGUGGGAGGAGACAAGUGCGAUCAUCGAUGGCCCUGCCACUGUUCAUUGUAUGCACGAAUUAAGAGACUCUAUCAAAGCAACGUGGGGUGCCAUCUUCCUGAAAUGUAAUCCACAAAAUUCAUCUGAUGAAGAACUUUUUUCUUCGUCACGACGACGCAACAAUCGAAGCACUGCUUCCACGGCAACAACAACAACAACAACAACAACGACUACACCAGCGUCUACCUCUCAACAAAGCACAACUAGCACAAGUACUGUUACCACCACAACCACCACCGCUGCUGCUUCUGCUGUAGCCACACCCUCUCCUGCAAUGGCCACACCCCCUACAUCAACAGUCACCGCUACGCGAACUAUCACCUUUCGUUCAGAACCAAAUACAACAAAUGUCCCCCCCAAUGCCCCUCACCCCUCGGAUCAAGCCACACCCUCUAGUCCUCGCGAUGCAUCGACGUCCGUGGACCAACUUCGUUCGAGUCUUAGGCAAGUGGCAGACGCUCUCGCUCAAACAGUGGCAGCUGUGCGUAGCACUAGAGAGCAGUUGACAGAGAGGGACGAAGAAGUGACUGCAAUGGAAGGCGUGGUUGAAGCAAGGGAUCAGGUCUCUAAUGCUACAUCAUCCAUCAUGUCUACUCAAGCUGCCUCUUCAGUGGCCGCUUCGACAGCUGUUUCGUCACAACUCAUAACUACGACGACUGCAAGUAACUCCGCCCACCCGAUCAUGGCGACAUUCGAUGGUACACAAGAAUCUGCCGUAGCAUCACUUGCUGCAACAAACAGAGAAGACCCACUCUACACAUUCUUAUCGGCUGUAGCUGGAGCACCGACCCCGCCCACUACUGACACGCCCUCCUCUCAACCACCACCACCAACAAGCAUUGGAGAGCUCACCAAUUCAACAUCUGAAACACCUACAAACAGUCAGUCUGCUAUUCGAACUCCAGUCAUACAAGAUGCUCGUCCCCUAUCACUGGCUGAGCCCUCCCCACAAGACUCCUUCACACUGGGCGAUGUACAGAGCAUGGAGGAGCAGUCAGCAGGAGACAACAUAGUAACAGAACCAGUCAAUAGUGAUGCCCCCGAUAUUGCCUCUCAAGUCAACUCGUUCUUUGCACAACAUCCUGUCAGUAGAAGCUCUUCAACAAACGAGGGCAGUCCUUAUCUGGCGCAAGAUUUCGCAUCAGUCGUCGAUUCUUUAGCCCGUGCUUCGGCAAGAGUGAACACACGUGCUACUGAUGCAAUGCAACGGGCCACACCCCCUUCAAGCAGCCAGUCGCAGCAAUCUCCUAGCCCAUCAGAUACACUGGCUCCUCUUUUGCUAUCAAGCCUCCAACUUCCCUCUAACACUGUGGCCUCUACACCAACAUCUAAUAACUUACAAGCAACUGUUCUACACGAUCACCCCCACUCCAGCGCCACUGCUACUAUGGCAACCCCGUCCCCCCAAGGCGCAUCUUCUAGUCUCCCAUCCGAUAUGCUCACACCCACUACUGUUGCUGCCGGCUCUCUAUCCAUCGCCGCUAGCAACACCACACCACCCCCAGCAGAGGGUGCAUCAUCACAGGAGACUCCUGAGAGUAGCGCCAUUGACCCGACAUUCUUAGCUGCUCUACCACUGUCCAUUCGUCACGAAGUGCUGGCUCAGCAUCGUCGAGAGGAACGGGUGAGACAGCCUCCCUCGGAACAACAAGAAGUAGAGGCACCGUUUCAGAGCAGUAUUAGUCCCGAGUUCCUGUCUGCCCUCCCUCCCACCAUACAGUCUGAGGUGAUUCAACAAGAACGACUGGAGAGAGUAAGACAGCAAGGAAGCAUGGACCCCAUUGAUCCACUCGAUAACUCAUCCUUCUUUCGAAACCUCCCCUCUGAUCUCCGACGUACCAUUCUCUCAGAUCUCGACGAGAGCUCCUUCGGACAUCUUCCCGAUGACCUAGCCAAUGAAGCAAGACGUCUACAACAGGACAGAGAAUCUCGGAGACGACAAAUGCAAGCUCAGAGAGACGCCUUCUUGGAACGAAUGAUGGAAGAAGCUCAUAUCCGUGCAGAGGCCUCAGGUGCCGGGGGCUCUGGCACUAACUCAGGCGUACCACACCCAUUUUCUCAUCACUCAUUCGAAGCAGCUGGCCUUCAUUAUGCGAUUGUGAAUCUCAAUCCGUAUGCUCUCAUCGAUAUGCCCACGUACCGACCUGACAGACGAGCCCUGGCCGCACAAGCUGCAGCUAAAGGAGAGCCCAACAGCAAGCAGAUGCUUGCCCCCGAGUCUCUAGUGUGUAUCCUGGUGCCACUAUUCUUGGACCAUAAUCGUAUACAUAUCAACAGACUGCAUAGAAUCAUCAAAAACGUUUGCCAACACAUCUCUACCAGAUCGUGGGUUCUGUCGAGCUUGCUAGAGAUUAUUAGGAAGCUUCAACAUCCUCUUGUUAGGGUCCCUUGUCCAAUGCCACCGAUGCUUACCUCACAAACAGAAGAACCUUCAACUUCAGGACCUCGCAUUGUUCCAUCUCCACACCCCAACUCACCACACUGGCUCAAUAUCAGCAUCAGCGCUGCCCUGGGAUCUCACACACAAGUCUUUCAAGUUGAGCAGCCGAGAAAGGCUGGAGCAAAUCCCUCCGUCAAGAUCCAUCCUCUAGCAAGUACAAACAUUUGUAACAAUGUUCUCGAUCUGUUAGUGUUUCUAGCAAGACAAUUCCAAUCAAGUUUCCUACCUGCCGAGCUGCUACCUGUCUCCACGAAAUCGCCAGCUGUCGAAACUGAUCAGCAACGAGUAGUGAGCAAGUUUUGGAAUACGCUGCUAAAAUUGGACAAUUUGUCUAGCCGCAAGAGUAGGAGUGUCCUGAGAUUGUUCCAAUACACAGACCCCGCCCAAUUCAACUCCGAUGCUGAGCUAUUUGAAUCUUCCAUUCUCGGGCAACUGAUUUCUCUGUUCUCGCAAGACAUCUUCAAAGACAGUAUCCCUCUGACCGACAAGCUCCUUCGAGUACUGAACUAUGCUUCGACAGCCAUUCCCAAAACUGGUCUAGUCAGAAAAAUACUAUUUCCAUCCAAACUCUCUCAAGUUAUUGGCCCUGACCCUUCACAAGCCAAAGGGGACGAAAAGAUGGACGAAAAGAUGGACGAAAAGAUAAAAAAUGAGUCCCAAGACAAUAAAGAUUUAUCUCUGAUCAGUCCACACCUUCUCAGGACGGUCGUGAGUGUACUGAUAUCUGGUCGGUGCAGCGAGGAUGGAUUGGAAGAUGCCACAUCACUCUUAACAAAUCUCUCAAAAUGCUCAAUUGAAACCAGAGAACAGAUUCUAGUCAUUCUACUUGAAGGGGUCAAAGCUAUUGGCCAGACACUGAGCUCCCAAAUUUCCACUCUUUUUGAGAACCUCUCUGACAAUAUGGAGUCUUUGAUGGACAUGAAGCCAGCUGAAGGCGUAUCUAGUGACUCUAAGACGACAGUAUCGAUUUUGACUGGUGUUGUGCUGCCGUCGAUUGCCACCCCGGAGCAGCAACGUCAUACUGAUCACUCCAACGAUCUUCAUCUCCCCUCGAUGGUGCCCCUCACCUGUAAGGGCUCACAACAGUCAUUCUUCCUGAGGAUGCUCAAGGUGGUGUGUCAGUUGAGGGAGUCAGCGCAGUCUGCCAUUGCAACUCAGAGGAAGCCAACUAUGACCACCACUUCAGCACGAGGUCGAGGCCCUCCCGGUAGAGCACCUCCACGUCAAGCAUUGUCCACUUCUAGACCAAUGGAAGUGGACCAGCCCUCGUCAACCACCUCGGUUCCCUCCAGUCAGAAGUUCAUGCUACAACCACUCAGUCUUCAACUGGAGCUGGAGGAGCUAUGGAGCAUGCUCAGUGAUUGUCUGGAUGCCCUGGGGAGGACCAAAGACUCUCACGCUGUUCUCGUAUUGCAACCACUGGUCGAAGCUUUCUUUCUGGUUCAUGCCGACUCAAACGAUGACCUCAAACAGUCAACAAAGAGAAGAGGAUCAUUGCUAACUAGGACGGGUCGUUUAGCUUCCUACCACACCCUAGGUGAUUCUGACAUGCCCCCUGACUCUCCCGCCCCCGCACCCAUGGAUAGCAUAAGCCCCGUCCCUGGGACCCCCGGUGGAGACUCGGAGAUAGACCUGUAUGCCCACCUACCCCCUGAUAUUGCCAGGUUCCUCAAGUUUGCAGAAAAACAUCGCACUGUUCUCAACCAAAUCCUCCGCCAGAGCACCAUCCCACUAUCGGAGGGUCCCUUCUCUGUCCUUGUCCAUCACACCAAGGUCCUCGACUUUGAUGUCAAGAGACGAUACUUUAGACACGAACUAGAUCAGACCGACGAUGGGAUGAGGAGAGAUGACAUCGUGGUUCAUAUCCGUCGAGACCACAUCUUCGAGGACUCGUUCCGAGAGCUGUACCGACGCUCGUCCGAGGAACUCAAGGGGAAUUUGUACAUCCAGUUUGAGGGGGAGGAGGGACAGGAUGUGGGGGGUCUGCUUCGCGAGUGGUAUCUGAUUAUCGCCCGGGAGAUGUUCAAUCCAAACUACGCCCUGUUUCAGCUCACCUCUGGCGACCGUGUGACUUACAUUCCCAACGCUUUGUCUUACGUCAAUCCUAACCAUCUCAACUAUUUCAAGUUCAUCGGAAGAGUGAUUGCCAAGGCUAUAUACGACAACAAGUUGCUCGAUUGCUACUUCACAAGGUCUUUCUACAAGCACAUCCUCGGGAAGCCCGUCCACUUCUCUGACAUAGAGGCUGAAGACUACGCCUUCUACCAGGGAAUGGUCUACCUCUUGGAACAUAACUAUGGCGACCUGGGAAUCGAUUUGAAUUUCACCACAGAGGUUCAAGAGUUCGGCAAGACGGAGGUGAAGGAGCUCAAACCAGAUGGUACAAACCUAGUUGUGACAGAGGCCAACAAGAGGGAGUAUGUGCAGCUGGCUUGUCAGAUGAAAAUGACCGGGUCCAUUCAAGCUCAAAUCAAGAGCUUCCUCGAGGGCUUCUACGAGGUGAUUCCCAAGGACCUCAUCUCUAUAUUCAAUGAACAGGAGCUUGAGUUGCUCAUAUCUGGAUUACCCUCCAUUGAUAUUGAUGACCUCAAGGCCAACACUGAAUACCACAAGUACUCCGAGACUUCUCUACAGAUUCAGUGGUUCUGGAGAGCUCUUCGCUCGUUUGACCAGGCGGACAGGGCCAGGUUCCUUCAGUUUGUCACCGGGACCUCCAAAGUGCCCCUACAAGGCUUUGCCGCUCUCGAGGGGAUGAAUGGACUCCAGAAAUUCCAGAUCCACAGAGACGACAGGUCCACUGACAGGUUGCCUUGUGCUCACACAUGUUUCAACCAACUUGACCUUCCCCCGUACCCAACUUAUGACAAACUGUACGAUAUGCUCCUGACAGCUGUCAGAGAAUGCCCUGAGGGAUUUGGACUGGCUUGAACACAACUAGCUCACUCAACAUGAUUAAAUUGAACUGUCACUUGAACUUACGCUGAUGGUUAAUUAGUGCAUCAGAAUUACAAUUACGUAUCAUUGUUGCACAUUAGAUGUUAUCUCCCUGUAAUGUUUAAUAAUUUAAUUAUCACCAUGACAA